AUGUCUCUCACCAUGGAAAGGAGGUCCGGUCUACUCUGCGUUGGCUGGACGGCGUACUCGGUCCUAAGCGGAGGAUCCUGGAAACUUCUUCAACGUCUUAUAACUCUUGAAGGUGCUCAAGUCUCUGAAGAAGUUUCCAGGAUCCUCCGCUUAGGACCGAAGUACGCCGUCCAGCCAACGCAGAGUAGACCGGACCUCCUUUCCAUGGUGAGAGACAUUUCGAACCUCACCGCUUCAAGUGAAACCGAACAUUUCAUCAGCAGUGGUGUUGAUGUCGUAACCAAGUGUAAAAUUGAUUCUGUUCGUCAGCCCAUACCUUGGGUUGCGUCCUAUUUGAAAGCGAACUCACUGUGCGUGUUAAACUCUGACAAAGAGGGUGGCUUUGCCGUUCUGCCGGUUAACCUGUAUAAAGAAAAAGCCAGGGAAGCUCUGAAGUCCGUUUUUGACAGCUAUGAUGGUGUUUCAUUGAGGGAAUUAAAAAAGAAGGCGAAAAAGCUAUGUGAAAGCUGUCACCUCUCGAAACUUGUCAAGAGCAUUAGCGGUUGUAAAAAUGAUGCAUUAGAGGUAUUCUAUAGCGCAAAAACCCACAAGCCAGAGUGCCCCCUCAGGGUUAUUGUAUCUGAGAAAAACACUUGGCAAAAGGAAAUAGCUAUGUUCCUGCAAGACAAACUGAACCUUCUUGUGGGCGAAGAUCCCUUCAGGGUAAAAAAUUCUAUGGAAGUAGUUGAAUUCUUUGCCAACCAUGAAGGCAUGGACCUUGAUGCUCUGUCAGUAGACGUAAAAGACCUGUACUAUUCGAUACCUCAAGAUGCCCUGCUCAGGUGCAUUGAGGCAAGCAUUGACAGGUAUGGUGCAAUUGGCUUCCAGAAUAGAGUAGGAAUACCUGUCGCAAGUUUUUUGGAACUGGUAACUUUUUACCUGUGCUCUACGUACGUUCGCUGGGAGGGAAGCCUUUACCUGCAGCGAAGUGGCAUUUGCAUAGGGUCUAGUUUGGCACCCGUUUUAAGUGAACUAUUCUUAGGUCAGAUAGACGAGCAUCUGAACAAUAAGUUCGCACAUUCCAAUAAUAGUGGUAAGUCUAACAGGAACAAAAAAGUAGCGGUCAUCCCAUACAUUCAUCGCAUAUCACACAAUCUCAAGAAAGCUGCUCAGAAGGCGGGUGUUGAGGUAGCAUUUUCCGCUCCGCAGAAAUUAUCAAGACUGUGCAGAUUGACAGAGCCCUGUUCCAGUGCGCCUCUCAUCUGCGACGUUAAACACAGGGUUAAAUUCGUUCAGUGCCAGAUGGGUGUUGUGUACAACAUUCCACUUUCAUGUGGAAAGGUAUAUAUAGGACAAACUGGGCGCUGCCUAAACGAACGUCUAAGAGAACACAGCAAUAAUGUCAGG